AUGGCUUCCCUGCGACCCCGUACCCUUCCUCUCUCAGUCAGAGCCCUCCGUUCAACCCUACGCUCAACAAGGCCCUCACCAAGCACCUCCCUAUUCGCACCCGCCUCCGCCCCAUCCACCCAAACACCACUAACCCGCGCGCAUUCAACAUCCUCUGUCUCCGCUGAUGAACUCUCUCACUUCUCCGCUCUCGCCAGCUCCUGGUGGGACCCAAUGGGCCCCUCCCGAAUCCUGCACCUAAUGAACCCUCUCCGCCACGAAUUCAUCGCCUCCUGCCUAGCAGAAGGAAGCUCAUCACCAGACCCAACUUCCUCCGCCGCAACCCUCAACUAUCUUGACGUAGGCUGCGGCGGCGGCAUCUUCGCCGAGUCCCUCGCACGCACGAUCCCAAUUGGCCCAACCGGCCCAGCCCCAACCCCAACCCGCGCCGCCUCAAUGACCGCAAUUGACCCUUCAACAAAUCUAAUCCAAAUGGCACGCGAGCACGCGCGCAUGGAUCCAACCGUCGACUCGCAUCUGCGCACAGGUCGCUUCAAGUAUCUCAACACGACGCUGGAGGAUGUACUUGCCGGCAAUGCCCCGAUCUCGACUUCAGCUCCCGCUUCAAACCCCAACCAAAACCCCAGCCUUGAACUCACUCCCCCGCAAUACGACAUCGUAACCCUCUUCGAAGUACUGGAACACAUCGACCCGAAAACUUCAACGCCGCUGAGCUUCCUAACAAACUGUCUGCGUGCUCUUAAGCCCGGCGGUUGGUUAAUUGGAUCUACUAUUUCGCGGACGCUGCCGUCAUUCAUCCUGAACCAGGUUAUUGCCGAGGCGCCGUGGCCGAUUGGUGUUGUGCCGCGCGGGACGCAUGAGUGGAGUAAAUUUGUUAACCCGGAUGAGGUUAAGGGGUGGUUGCAGGAGGGGUUGAUGAGGGCUGCUGACACGGGUGUUUCGAGAGGGGGAAGUGCGGUUGCGGAGGGGAUGAGGUGGAAGUGCGUGGGUGCUAUUUAUGUUCCUGGGAUUGGGUGGAAGAUGGUUCCUGGGAGUGAGGAUUGGGGGAAUUAUUUCUGGGCUGUUAGGAAGGAGCUUUAG